UCUGGAGCAGAAGACUAUUUGUUUCAAAGCUAUUGCCCUGACAGAACAUUAGGCCCUUUUCCUAUGUAUGCACGUCAGAAAGUUACAUCCGUGAACAAAACAUGGUGGCCUAUAAGCUACUGAGCCCCAAGCAUGUGUACUAUUAAGCUUUUUCUUUCUUUUCUCCCAUUCUUUUGCUUGAGAUUCACACCUAACAAUCUGUAACCAUCAGUAGGAGGUUAUGAGGUGAGGGAAAGCAGAAUGGAAAAUCCAUUCUCUUCCUUUUUUAGGGUCUAUAGUCUAGCUUUGCAUGCUUCUCCAACUCUUUAUGUGCACUUUAGCAUACACUUUUUCUUGUACCUUGAAUGGACAUGAAUCAAUAAAUUUUUCUUUGCACCCUUUCCUCACCAAGCAUAAAGCUGUAUUAUCCCAAUCAGAUGGUGAGAGCUGAAAUGGACUGGGUGAUGGUAGCCAAGUGGAUGUUUCAUUGAUCUUACUGCAAGAAAUUUGGAGCAUAUCCCAACAAGCCAGAGGCUAGUAUGUUAGUCCUUUGUUAGAUUCCCCCUACAAUUAAUUCAACUUGUACAUGUGCUGGCCAUUGUUUGAAAUGGAAGACGGGAUGAACAUGAAUCAGAUGGGGAUACAAUGUUCUCUCAUGAUUAAGACAGAUGCUAAAACCUAUGAUGACAUAAUGAAUCGCCGCUUGAAAAACCGAGAACGGCAGCGUAAAUAUAGAGCCAGGAGGCGUCUUGAAGCAGUUAUUCAGAAGUCCCAUGUCCUAAACCAAUCAACUGUACAGCAAGUGAGUUUGCAACACAAUGAGAUUGUUAACAACUGCCUGAAACGUGUCCAUUGUAAACGAGCUUGGAAGAAAGAUGCAAGAAGGGCUCACAUAAGUAGGGGUCAAGAAGACACAUCCAAUGUUUCUGUCCAGCCUGCUAUUAUGAUCACAGCUGAAAGCCAAAUACUAUGCCCAUCCUCUGGAAUGAAGGUGGAUGGGAUGCUUGAAGGGGAAUUGCAUUCUGACAAUUCCUGUAGCCUUGGUAAUUUCGAGGUAACCAACACUAAGCCUGGUCGAAGAGACUGGAAAGCAGAUGCAAGAAAAAAACCUUAAGUUGUUGUUUCCAAGUACUGUGAAAUGAAUGUGGUAUAGAUAUGGGUUCAAUACCGAAUUUCGUAAGAACUUAUGGCAAGCCAUUUUGUUGCUCGAUUUAGAAGAACUGUUAUUAUCAUCUUUCGUUCUUUCUGAACCUUGCGCUUGCACUUUUUUUUU